AUGGCCUCAGGGCUGCCCCCCGACUACGCGCAGGAGAGCGCAACUGUCCCCCGUGCAGGGACCCGCGCGCCUUGGGCUCGCCGGGCCGACCUGAGCCACAGCCCCGUCGCCUGGAGAACCAGCCGGCCGGCCGCCGGCCUGGCCCACUCCCCAGCCCUGGAGCAGCAGCUCUCACCUGUGGCCUUUGUGGCCAACAGCAGCCCAGACCCAUGUGCAAGCGAGACUGUGCUGAAUGCCAUCAGGGAGAGCAGGAAGAGGGCAGUGGAGCAGAAGCAGGAGGAUCAGACUUUUGGGAACGAUCAGGAGAUCAAAAGAAGGCGUCAUGAUAGCAGUGGAAGUGGGCAGUCAGCGUUUGAGCCAUUGGUAGCCAACGGUACCCCCACCUCUCUCGUACCCAAGCCUGGCUCUCUGAAGAGGAACCUUGCCUUGCACUGCCCAGAUGACUGCUCAAACAAGAGGUCACGCACCUCUUCCAUGAGCUCCCUCAACAAUACAUACGCUGCUGGGAUCCCCAGCUCCACCCGCAACGCCAUCGCCAGCUCCUACAGCUCCAGCCGGGGCCUCUCACAGCUGCAGAAUAGAAGUGGCAUGAGCAUGUCCCCGCCAUCCAGCCCGGCGUCCUCCUGCUCCCAGACACCGGAGUGGCCUUUUAAGAAAGCCAGGGAAGAGGAGUUGCAUCGCUCCAACACUUCCUCUCCAGCGAAAUCUGACAAGGAGCUGCAGACAGAGAAAGCGGUGGAGACGCCAGUGUGGAAGAAGCAGAACUCCCUGAGUCCACCGUCUGCAUCGGGGAGCAGCAGGAACCACAAACGGAAGAACCAGUUGCUGUCAGCUUGCUCAGUGGACCAGCUGGUGCUGCCCCUGCCGCCUCUGCUGGGCUACUCCAUCACGUCAGAGGACCUGGAUGCGGAGAGAGCGGCAGCAUUGCAGCGGCUAAACAGAGCCUUGGAGGAUAAGGCUGAUGCAGUCCCCAGCACCACUGCAGAGACAACAUUUGCCGUGACUUCCCCAGAGCCUGCACCUGCCUCAACAGCUCCUGUCCUGGCCAGCACCAACUCACUCCUGGACAGCCUGAAGAAGAUGCAGAGCAGCCAGGCUGCGCCUGUGCCAGCAGACUCCACUGGAGCUGAGGUCGUGUCCCAGCCACCUCCACCAGCUGCACAACCACCUGCUCCUGCUGUAUCACUGGAGUCAAGUUCUCUGCCCACCACCUCUGCUGACACCAAGCCCGUGCCUGUGCUGAGCACGCCUGCCCCUGUAGCCCCCUCUGCCCUGGGGGUGCAGGCCCCCAGCAGCCUGGCAUCUCCUGUGUUCCCAGAGCUGGGCCAGACCCCCAGCAAGCCUCCCUCCCUCCCAAAGCCAAGCACCCUUUUCGGGGUGGUGAACACCCUUGCUGCCAGCCAGCCGGCAACAACCGUGGCUGCUGCCGUGCCCACCACGAGCCCUGUCUUCAAACCCAUCUUUGGCACUUUGCAGAAAAGUGAGAGCACAGCACCCUGUACAGCUGUCAUCUCCACCACAGUCACUGUGUCUGCGAGCUCCGGCCCCUCCUCGACAUCCUCCACCACCACCAUGUUCAAGCCUGUCUUUGGCAGCGUCACCACAGCUUCAUCUCCAGCAGUGGCCUCUCCUUUCACCUUUGAACCAACGUCACAGCCAGCCUCGGCCACAGACCUGCCCGCAGCCUCCACGACUACCCAGGCAGGAUUCACAGGUCUCCCUAACGUCAUCUUCACCACUGCGGCUACAACUGCCACCAUGCAGAGUUCCUCCACAGAUGCCACCAUUAAACCCAUCUUCAGCUUCGGACUCAACCCUCCUGCCUCCACUGGCCCCACCACCAGCCUGACCGUCACCACUGCCACAUCCACCAGCACGUCACAGCCCUUCCUCUUCCAAGGCCUGACCAGUUCAGCUCCCAGCACGGAAACCAGCUUUGCCACCCUAGGGCCCAUGUUCCAGUUUGGAAAGCCACCUCCAGCCACGGUCCCUGCCACCACCAGUGUCCCAGGAGGCUCUGCCUUUGGCCAGGCACCUUCAAAUUCAACAGCUCCUACCACCACUGUGGGCUUUAGCAUAUUUGGGGACACCACGCUGACCUCUUCUACCCCAGCCACCACCACAGGUCAAGCGACAUUGACAUUUGGCCCCUCCAUUUCAGCGUUCGGCAGUUCCUUCAGCACAAGCGCAAAGCCGCUGCUGCCGUAUCCCAGCACAGGGAGUCAGCCUGCCUUCAGUGCCGGUGCUGUGGAGAACCAGCUGCCUGCCAGCAAGCCCGCUGCUGGCCCCGUCACCUUUGGCACCCCGUUCAGUUUUGGAGCCCCCACAGCCCAGUCUGCUGCUCAGCCAGCGUUUGGCAGCGGUGCUCAGCCAGCCUUCGGCACAGCCAGCACCCAGGGCUCCUUUGGCACCAGCAGCACCCAGGUGGCCUUUGGGACCACCACAUCGGUCUUCUCUUUUGGGACAGCCACCUCCACCACCACCAGCUUCGGUUCCACCACGCAGACCACGAGCAGCACCACUGGCACCACUGUUUUCGGCACCACUCCUUCUCCUUUUACCUUCGCCCAGCCGGGCCCCUCCACCAGCGCCUUUGGGAUCGGCACGCCCGCCCUGAGCAGCGGCUCCCCUGCCGUGGCGUUCAGCUUCGGGGCUGGGCAGAGCGGGGCAGCCCUGGCGGCAUCGCCCUUCGGCUCUUCCCUGACGCAGAGUGCCCUGGGUGCGCAGAACCAGAGCACGCCCUUCGCCUUCACCAUGCCCAACAGCAGUCCUGUGUUCAGAGGAACUCCUGCACCCACCUUCGGGCAGAGCACGCCUGUCCCAGGAGCAGUGGGGAGUGGAAACAGCAGCCUUUCCUUCGGGACGCCCAGCACUCCUGCUUCGGGCUUCGGAGGAGUCGGUGCUUCCUUUGGUUCAUCCACCCCUGCCUUUUCCAUCGGGGCAGGAUCCAGGAUGGGUGCUCGCCAGCGGCUGCAGGCACGGAGACAGCACACCCGCAAAAAAUAACCUCUGGGACUGCUGGCCUGCACGAGGAGCCCGUGCCCACACACGGGUGGCAGUGACCCAGGGUGGGACAGGAUAAACCAAACUCUUCUUACUUGAACAGUUCCACAGCCAAAGCUGGAUGAACCUCUGUACAUAUUUGCAGCGUUUGCUCCCUCACUUUAUUUUGCCAUGUUUCAUAAUGUGUAAGUUUUCCCCCCAUUUGCUUCUUCUAGUUGUCCUGUGCCCUUCUCCCCAGCCCCCUGCCCUGCAGCACGGCAGCCAGCAGAGCCACACGUCCCCGUUCAGAGCCCGGCUGGGGACAUGCCAUGUUCCUGCUGGCUGCGGUCCAGGCUGCUGAGGGCUGCCGUCUUCACCAGCUCCCAGAAAUCUUUCCCCAUGAUUUGAUCCCGUGGUCUGGUGAACAUGCUCCCUCCGGAGGGCUCUGCUUCCUUCCCACCCCUGCUGAGCAGGAGCCAGGGCUGGUGCCAGCCUGCCAUGGGCGUCUCGGUGCUGUGGGUGACGACCCCCUCGCUGUGACUUAAUCCCCUGUCAGACCCCCAGCUGAGGACGCACUGUAGCUCAGGACCUUGGCUGCAGGCAUGGGGUGGGGAUGGGGGGGUCCCUCCACCCCUCUCCCGGCCACCAAGCAGCACCCCCAGACCUCAGUGCUCCCCACUGGGCUGUGCCCCCCUGCCCUGCUCGUCUAAAGCCCCCUCUGUUUUGCUUUAUUCGUGCCCCCGCUUUGUUGCGCUCAUUGAACCGAGUUUGGAGGAAGAACUGAACCGUGUGCGUGGCGGCAUGUUGGUUAUGCCGGAUUUGCUGUUUGGAGUUUUUUUUGGGGGGGCGCCUGUCCCUUUGCGGGGGACGCGCCCUGGCUAAUUGGGU